CAAAGUACCACUUAGCAUCAGAGUCAAGAUUACAUCAUAUCUUUUGCCUCUGAUUUCUGGCAAUAGCUCGGAGCAGCAAAGUCGAAAAUGGCAGCACGUGGAAUUCUCUUAGCUUCACUUCUUUUCUUCUCUUGCCUAGCAGUAACCUGUUAUGGAAUUGUUCUCUUUUCUUCUCUACCAAGUACCCUUGUAGUCACUGCUUCACCCAAACAAGGACAAGUUCUAAAAGCUGGUGAAGAUAAAAUUGCUGUAACGUGGGGCCUAAACCAGAGUUUGCCAGCUGGGGUUGACUCUGCCUACAAGACCAUAAAACUCAAGCUAUGCUACGCGCCCAUAAGCCAAGUAGAUCGCGCGUGGAGGAAGACAGUGGACAACCUAGCAAAAGACAAGACAUGUCAGUUCCUGAUCGUUUCUCGACCGUACGAUGGGUCAAACAAGGCGGUACAGAGCUACGAAGGAACAGUAGAGCGUGACGUGCCCACGGCCACGUACUUUGUACGCGCCUAUGCUUACAACUCUGACAACGUUGAGGUUGCCUAUGGUCAAACAACCGACUCACACAAAACCACUGACUUGUUUCAAGUCCAAGCAAUCAGUGGCCGCCACGUGUCCCUAGAUAUUGCCUCGGCUUGCUUCAGUGCUUUCUCGGUUGUGUCCCUCAUUGGGUUCUUUGUAGUUGAGAAGAGAAGGGCAAAACAGUCUCAGCCGAAGUGAAAAAAAAGAAGCAAAAAAUCAAAUAUUUGCUUGUGUCAAAUUAUGUUAAAUAGUAAUAAUAAUUUUCAUGGUGUUUUGGCUUUCCUAUAUAUAUGUGAUAUAUAUUAAGGCUCCA